AUGGCACAAGAUCUUUCAGCAGAAUGUUUACAACAAAUUAUUUCAUAUCUCGAAGAUGAUAAUAAGUCUUUACAUUCAUGCUUGCUUGUAAAUCGUUUUUGGUGUUAUAAUACUGUCAGCACUUUAUGGCUUCGUCCUUGGCGUUCUUAUGAAAUUACACAAACCUCGGCAACAAGCUUAAUUCAAACUUAUGUGGAUUGUUUGCCAGAAGAAUCAAAGUUUAAUUUAUAUAACAAUGGAAUUACACGUAAAAAACAUCUAACGUCAACUACUCCUAUUUUUGAUUAUCCUUCAUUUUUACGUUCUCUCGAUUACGAUUAUAUGUAUUGGUCAAUUUCACAAUGGCUAAUAUCUUGUUGGCUUUAUCGUGUCUUAAAUUGUGAGGAUGAAAUCAACGAAUGCCAAACGGAUCGCGUUGAAGAAGAUAUCAUAAGAGACGCACCGGAAGAAAAAUUUAGUGAUGAUGAAUAUAAUGAUGACAGGGCUGAAGAAGAAAAUGAAAAAAAAGCCAUUCUUGUAGCGAGAGAAUUAUGUAAACUUUUUAAGAAUAGAUGCAAAACUUUUCAUGAUCUUCGGUUGGAGAAUAAAGCCAUUCAAAGUGAUGAAUUUCCGUUCUUACCAUUACCCAUUGGUCCUUAUAAUUACUUGGAAAAUCUACAACAACUUGUUUGUUUAGGCGAUAACAAAUCCGAACUUUUACUCGCCAUAUCAAAUGUUUGUAAAAGUUUACGUAGAAUUUAUAUAGGCUUCCCACUAGCACUUCAAUGGAAAUCUCAUUACGAGUCUGAUGCAAUAAGUUUAGGUGCUCUAAUCAAAAAACAAAUACGACUAGAAAAUAUUUGUUUGUAUGGAUAUAAACGGUUAAUAUCUUGCUUAAUAGAGUCUCUUUUAUCUCAGUCAAAGUCUUUGAAUACUCUGGAAUUAAUGUAUACUGAUUUUAGAGAAUCACAAGAUUAUCAAAGUCUGACAAUAUUACCUACUUGCAAAAAUUUAACAUCGUUAAAAAUUCAUAAUUGUUUUAUUCCUCCUGAUGAUGGAAUAAUGCCAUUAACUUCUUUACAACAAUUAGAAGAAUUUGACUUUUGCAACGAAUGGAAUCCUCUUUAUCCAUUACCACAGCAGAAAUUUUGGGAUGAAUUAUUUAAAAAUAAUACUAAGACCUUGAGAAAAUUAUCAUUAUGGUGGAUUAGAUCUGAUUCAAAGGAUGGUGCGAAGAUUAUUGAUUCAAUUAUAAAACAAUGUUCUGAAAAUAUUUCCGUUCUACAUUUACCUAUAUUAUGGACAAAUGAAAUAUUGAAUCUAUCUAGUUAUUGUAAACAACUUAAAGAAUUUAGUUUUAGUGGUGAUGAUUUUGAUGCAAAUGAAUUUUUAUCACAAUUAGGUAAAUUUGUUCCAGCUACUUUAGGUUCUUUAACUAUUAAGGAUGGUCAUUGUGGUGGUUGGAACUUUACUGAAAAAUGCUUAAGCUCUUUUCUUUCUGGAUGCCGUGCUAAAUUACGAAUUAUGGAUUUAACUUCUUGUUCGUGUAUGACUGAUAGACAUUAUGAUGUUAUUAAUAGGCGAGGAGUUAUUAAUUGUUUACACAAAUAA